UGUGACUCGCGCUCUGAGACCCAGUGACAUGCAAAACCCUGACCGGAGAGUACAGUUGGACAUACCCACUGAAGCAGACAAGAGCUCAACUCGGGACAGACUUUGAAUAACUAUUCGGCGACAUAACUUUUUGUUGUAAAGACAGCGAGGGAGAUUUUACGCACUAAAAAUGCAGUCCCUCUGUCCCCAACUGCUCAGCUUGCUGUUCGUUUUCAGCAGCCUUCAGAUUCAUCAACUCACAGAGGCUUGUUCGUGUGCUCUGUCGCACCCGCAAGAUGCGUACUGUAACUCUGACAUAGUGAUCCGUGCCAAAGUGGUGGGCAAGAAGUUACUGAAGGAUGGGCCUUUUGGUACCAUGCGUUACACGGUCAAACAGAUGAAGAUGUACAAAGGAUUCAACAAAAUGCAGCAUGUUCAGCACAUCUACACCGAUGCCUCUGAGAGUUUGUGUGGAGUCAAGUUCGACAUCAACAAGUACCAGUACCUGAUCACAGGCCGCGUGUUUGACGGCAAGGUCUACACCGGGCUGUGUAAUUUCAACCAGCCAUGGGAGCGCCUCUCGCUGGCCCAGAAGAAGGGCAUCAACCACCGCUACCAGCUGGGCUGCAACUGCAGGGUGAGUGGCAACAACUGCGCUCUCAGGGAGAAUAUGGAUGAAGUGGCUCCCGGAGAGAAUAUGGAUAAGAUGGAUAUGUAUAAGGAAGCUAAAGCAACCCAACAGCAGCAGAGCCAAGAUGGAGGAGUAGGAGCCAGAAAGCGGGGCAGGGGCAGAGGCAGGCAGAACACCCUGCUUACUGCAAAGCAUACCAUCCUGCUCUGAGCAUCUCUGUUCCUCCAUCUAGAAGACGUCUUACCACAGAAAAUGACAAGGCACUUCAUAAUCUCCAUAUGUUAUCGGAUAUUGGCUGUAGAAUUGGGGGGAAAUAAUGUGUUCAUUUUAUGACCAUAAUAAUUACUUUAGUGGCCUUGCAUAUAUUGGGUCAAAUAGAUUUUGCUGAUAAACUGCAACCAAUUAUGAAAUCCUUGCCAAACCAUUUAAAACUUUUCCCUAUAUUCUUAAGUGUAGCACAACACAAGAAUGACUAUCAAAAUAUAUACCAAAUCAUUUUGAUUAUGAUUGUAGGGACAUACUUUUAAUUUCCUGAUAGUGGCUGAAUGAUAUAAUGUAAGGUUUUAGCUGUCAGGAAUAUUAUGUGUCCCCUUUCCAUUUUGGCAUCAUAACGGAUAAUACACAUCCAUGAAUGUAACUGAAGAGACAGAGGGAAAGACGAGGAUAGAGAAAAGAGAUUUAUAAUGAUCUUUGUGAGUUAUUCAAUGUAACUACACUGGAAUCACUUUCCCUGUUAUUCCAAAGCCUGAAUUCCGCGCUCGGUCGGACCCCCUUUAUGCGGGACCUGCUCCUGUGCAGCUCCAGUCCAGGCUCAUAAAUAUCCUACUGUACUGCAUGGCUCCAGACACACCAUCUGGUCUGCCCGUCACCAGCAAUAAGUGCAUUGCCAGACAGGAGACCGGAGUAGCUACACAGUCCAAAUGCUGGCUAACACCUUUCAAACUGCUCACACCCAAACUGCUUAAAGGGUUGUAAUGUUAAGACACAUUAGACGUACAAGUGAGUCUUCGAGGCCAACGCAGAACAGUGGAGGUGAAUGUAUGAUUGUGACCAAACAUGGCAAGUCAGCAUCAGGAAUGAAAAACAAACUUGGACAGAACUCCCCAUGGUAGAAGCGUUUUUCUUUUAGUUUAUUGCCCAUUUCAGUUCAAAUGUUAUCUUUAAAAUCGGGAAGAAGAAAAAAAACACACGUGUAGCAGCAUCCUAUUGCUAGAACACAACACCUCAUUGUGUGCACCCCUAUGAACCAGCAUGCUUACUGUCUGAAAAGACAACAGACCGAGGCAGUGCAGACACAGCCAUCUCUGUGGUUUUAUAUCAAGUGCAAGAAUCUCCUAGAGUGCGAACGUCACACUUCACCGGCGCUUCCGCCAAAAUCAUUAAAACCAGUUUGUCAUCCUUUGUAUUCUUCAACAAAAGAUGAUUUAUAGCUAAGGAAUGCAGGAAGCAUGUGAAAAUAAUCCACUGCAGUGUAUACAAAAAAUUGGCGUCAGUAAAUGAUUAAAAAGCUAACUGUCCAUAACAUAGCCCCAUGAACACCAGAACCAGUUAAACUUCACUGAAAACGCUUGCACCAUAAAGAAUGCGUUCAGCUUCACCCAUAUUCCUUAAGUUCUCUGCUGUUGAUUCCUCUGGCUCGGUCAUUACAGUACACACAGCCUUUACUGAAACACCUCUUUGGAUUUCUCUAAAACAGAGUAUUUUGUCAGUUUCUAAUUUCUCACCUUUUAAAGACAUUUGGCAGGCUAUUCAGUGCAUUCGGAAAGUAUUCAGACCCCUUGACUUUUUCCACAUUUUGUUAUCUUAGAGCCUUAUUCUAAAAUGGAUGACAUUGUUCCCCCCCCUCAUCAAGCUACACACAAUACCGGUCCUAUCAAAGUUGCACAGAAAUAGGUUGGGCAAGAUAGUCAGGACUUGCAGAAAAAUCAUGGGGCAGCAACAGCAAGAACUAAUCUCUCUACCUGGGCAGAGCCCUCCAUAAGGCGAAUAAAAUUGCGGUUGACUCUUCCCAUCCACUCCACCCUGAAUUCCAGCUCCUUCCCUCUGGCCGCAGGUACAGACUAAGGUAAAAAAAAAAAAUAGGGCCAAGUACUCGUAUUCCGAAUGCAAUACUGCAACUUAUUGGACUAAUUGCACUUGCACUAUGAAACUGCACGUACCCUGCCCAUUUGUUUGUAAAUAUCCGGUGCUAUUUAUUUAACAUUUUUGGCGCACCUAUAUUUGGGGAGUUUCUCCCAUUCUUCUCUGCAGAUCCUCUCAAGCUCUGUCAGGUUGGAUGGGGAGCGUCGCUGCACAGCUAUUUUCAGGUCUCUCCAGAGAUGGACAAUUGGGUUCAAGUCCAGGCUCUGGCUGGACCACUCAAGGACAUUCAGAGAUUUGUCCCGAAGCCACUCCUGCGUUGUCUUGGCUGUGUGCUUAGGGUCGUUGUCCUGUUGGAAGGUGAACCUUCGCCCCCCAGUCUGAGGUCCUGAGCGCUCUGGAGCAGGUUUUCAUCAAGGAUCUCUCUGUACCUUGCUCCGUUCAUCUUUCACUCUAUCCCGACUAUUCUCCCAGUCCCUGCUGCUGAAAAACAUCCUCACAGCAUGAUGCUGCCGCCACCAUGCUUCACCGUAGGGAUGGUGCCAGGUUUCCUCCAGACGUGACGCUUGGUACUCAGGCCAAAGAGUUCAAUCUUGGUUUCAACACACCAGAGAAUCUUGUUUCUCAUGGUCUGAGAGUCCUUUAGGUGCCUUUUGGCAAACUCCAAGCAGGCUUUCAUAUGCCUUUUACUGUGAAGUCGCUUCUGUCUGGCCACUCUACCAUAAAGGCCUAAUUGGUGGAGUGCUGCAGAGAUGCUCGUCUUUCUGGAAGAAUCUCCCAUCUCCACAGAGGAACUCUGGACCUCCGUCAGUGACCAUCAGGUUCUUGGUCACCUCCCUGACCAAGGCCUGAUUUGCUCAGUUUGGCCGGCGGCCAGCUCUACGAAGAGUCUUGGUGGUUCCAAACUUCUUUAAUUUAAGAAUAAUGGAGGCCACUGUGUUCUUGGGGACCUUCAAUGCUGCCAAACCUUUUGGGUACCCUUCCCCAGAUCUGUGCCUCGACACUAUCCUGUCCCGCUCUACAGAUAAUUCCUUCGACCUCAUGGCUUGGUUUUUGCUCUGACAUGCACUGUCAACUGGGGGACCUUAUAAAGACAGGUGUGUGCCUUUCCAAAUCAUGUCCAAUCAAUAGAAUUUAACACCGGUGGCCUCCAUUUAAGUUGUAGAAACUUCUCAAGGAUGACCAAUGGAAACAGGAUGCACCUGAGCUCAAUUUUGAGUCGCAUACUGUAGCAAAGGGUCUGAAUACUUAGGUAAAUAAGCUGUUUGUUUCAUUUUUUGUAUAAAUUUGCAAACAUUUCUAAAAAAAGGUUUUCGCUUUGUCAUUAUGGGGUAUUGUGGGUAGAUUGAGAAUUUUAAUUUUUUAUUUUUUUAUUUUUUUAAAUGAAAUUUAGAAUAAGGCUGUAAUGUAACAAAAUGUGGAAAAAGUCAAUGGGUCUGAAUACUUUCCGAACGCACUGUAUGUGAGAAGGAAAUGAGAAGUUUAAAGGAUGUUAACGGAAUUGCAGUGCAAUACCGAUUUCUGUCCCUUUGGUUUUCUCCUCCAUUCCCUUUGGGAAACCACAAACUAAGUAGUGGACUUUCAUUUCAGAGGCUAGCAAUUAAAUGAAUCUUUGAACUCCACUGGCUUAUCUACAGGAAAGUACAUUUGAAUUGAAACCAUCCAUACAUUUUCAUUCAUCCUAUAGAGCAGGGGUGGGAAAAUCCAGUCCCCGAGGGCCUGAUUGGUGUCACACUUUUUCUCCAUCCCUAGCAAACACAGCUGAAUAAUCAAAUUGCAUUCUAAACUGAAGAUCAUGAUUAGGUGAUUAUUGGAUUCAGGUGUAUUAGCUGGGGCAAGACUGACACCAAUCAGGCCCUUGGACAGGAAUUGCCCACCCAUGCUGUUGAGCAAGGAGUAUAAAAUGCAUUAGUUUCUAAAUUGUAAUAUAAUGAAUUACAAAAAGAAUUGACUCACUCACCCUUUGCUGAUUUGACCCAAUUACCUGGAGGGAUUUAUACUUAAUUUUUUCUCCUAAUCAAUAUCUUACUCUCCACAAAUUAAGUAUUGUGUCCAAGAUUAUGCAUUGCUUCACCUUUUCCUGAAAUGCUAAUUCUGUCUUGGCCUUGCAUUUACUGCUGAAUGUAGACUCACUGUGCUUUGAAUUGGUCAAUAUUUAAAAACAAUUCACAGAAAAUGAAACGUAUCCUAAAAUCUGUCACAUAUCCUAAAUCAGAAUUUUUGUUAAUCAAAAAGGAUACAAUUGAACUUUUUUCAAGUCGAACUGUAAAACACAGUGAGCCUUCAUCAGUAUGCUGUAGCAUUACUCGAUAAAAUGUUCCUGCUUUACGGCUACAUCUGUAGUUUCGCUUCUUCCCU